CCCUGAAGGAUCCCUGCGGAGAUGCAAAUCAUCAUGGGAUCCCUUUAUAAUUUAGCCUUCCUUAGUCUCCUCUUUGCCUCUGGGUACUGUUCGACCUUGUAUCAACCUACUACCUAUUUCAACGCCUCGCAGAAUAAAUGGAUUGAGUAUCUGAAUGAUACAGUGCUUAAGCUCUCCUCCGACGGGUUGACUUCCGCCAUAUUAAUCCUCGACUACGGACGAGAUGUCGAAGGCUAUGCCACCUUUAAAAUUUAAUCCAUGUCCGGGGACACCUCCGGGUUUGAAAUGGCCUAUAGCGAAACAUAUGCAUUACUGGAAUCAGCUAUGGCUGACGGUCCUCUGUCCUUUGAUGCGACGAUGGACACGUACCGCGUGAAUCGGUACAACAUCACAGAAGAAAGGUCCUACACCAACAGGCUCAUCCAGGGCGGACUGCGAUACCAGAAAUUGAACCUGUCUAGUGCGGGAGAGAUGCAUCUAUCCCUUGUUGGAUUCAAGCCGACUGUCUCUAAUAUCCCUUUGGCAGAUCUUCCAGGCUCGUUCAACUGUUCUGAUGAAGUGCUGACUCGGAUUUGGCAUGCGGGAGCUCGGACAUUGCAGCUUACCGAGUUCCCAGCUAACAGCAUCCCAGACUUUUGGGUUCUUACCGAUGAAGGAGCCUUGGUGGACAGUCUUGCUCCGCAACCCUACUAUACCACCUGGUCUCCUUCACUGACGACUUAUGACCUAGAGUUCUCGGUAAAGCCAAUCUCCAAGGGCUUCAGCUUUAAUGUACUCAGUGAUACUCUGUCUAACGGAAUCUACAUCUUCGUCGAUAUCGCCAAUGCCUCAAUCUCUGCGCAUGCUGGAUCUACUGAGCUGGACCCUAUCAUUGCCUCAGGUCACCUUCCCUCUUCAAUCAUUCUGAACGAGUGGCACAAGGUUCAAAGCAACGUGAACAUGUCCCAAAUAUCUGUUCAAAUCGAUAACACCACUGUGCUGGAUUUCUCCCAAACGGCAUCUUUUUAUGGCUCCUUUGGUGUGGGUGCGUCUUUCGGGCAUUCUGCCGUUUUCACCAACCUGUCAUUGUUAGUCGGGGGAAAGCAAAAGUAUUUCUCAACAUUGACAGAUGAGUCGGCGCUAUCAGACUUUCUUGUCGGGACCAACCCCUUACCUGUCAGCGUCGACGGCUCUCGACGCGAUCGUAUUGCGUACGCCGGAGACUUGGACAUAGCUAGCAGUACAGCAUUCGCCAGCACCAACGGUAUUGAAUACAUCAACGGUUCUAUUGAGCUGCUCGGCUCUUACCAGCUGACACCCGGAUUCUUUGUACCGAAUGCAAAAAUCCAGCAGCCCCCUCGAACCAAGGAUGUCGAGGCGAAUACGACCGGUUUGAUUGGCUAUUCAUUUAAUCUGCUGAGUGCAAUGGCCAACUUCUACGAGCAGACCGGUGAUGAAAUGUUUCUGCAUCGCUGGGCCCCGAAAGUGAUGCGCAUGCUUGAUUGGGCGCACUCGCAGACCCUACCAAGUAACUUGCUUAACAUCACCGAUCCCGCCAUCGGUGGGGGAUGGGACAUCUAUGAUCCCGCCUCGUCUGGGAUUGUCUCCCAAUUCAACAUAUUAUACGCUUACUCGCUGAAGAAAUGGAUCCCGUAUCUGGAGCAGACCAACAUAAAUGCUACCGCUUAUCAAAGGCGGCUGAAAAAUUUACAGAAAGCAAUCAACGAUCAUUUGUGGAGCGACAAACUUCAAGCCUACUACCACUCUGAAACAUACCAGGACUUUUUCUCGCAGGAAGCCAACGCCCUGGCCAUCCUGAGUGACACUACACAACUGACUGGCAAUCGGACUAGUACGUUACUAUCCACCAUGGCGCAGCAAUUAUACAUUCCCAAAGGUGCUCUCUCCUUCUCCAACGCCAGCAUCGCCAGCGGUUUCGCCCAGAAAAUCAGCCCCUAUGCCUCCGGCUACCACCUCAAGGCGGCCUUCCAUGCGAACGAUGGCGUUAAUGCCAAAAGGCUUCUCCACAGUAUCUGGGGCCCGAUCAGUGACCCGAAAAAUGCCAACUACACUGGCUGUAUGUGGGAGGUCAUAAACCCGGACGGUACUCCCGGCAUCGGGUCUGGAACCUCGCUGUGCCAUGCCUGGAGCGCAGGGCCCACUGCUGAUCUGAGCCGUUAUAUUCUCGGUAUCCAGCCCGUUACUCCUGGUUUUAGGGAGUGGAGAGUCGCUCCUCAGACUUUGGGACUGGCUUGGGCACGGGGAGAGCAUCCUACUCCUUAUGGUAACAUUAGGGUUGAUUGGUCUUAUGAUGGCAGCGGACGUUUCAGUAUUGUUGUCAGCGCCCCUGUGGGUACUAAGGGUACUGUUGUUCUUCCUAGCCCUCUUAACGGGACUCUUGAGGUGCAGGGUGGGAAGGUCUUUCGUUGGAAACAACACACUUGAUGU